AUGUACUUCGGACACACCAGUACUCCGUCCUUGCUCGACGAAGGAGACGAGACCGCAGUCUCCGAUCUAGAGACGGGCCCCAUAUCUGAGAAAAAACCGCCCAACUCGGAUGGCACAAUUGAUACUCCCAAGCCUGUACCCAAACGAGAUAUCGCCAAAAUGAUGUGGGAGGCUGCCGAUCUUUACGAUAACGCCAUCAGAGCCAUACAGGAACGAAGAGCAGAGCUUCAGAAAAGAAAAGAAAGAAAAAAGGCGAAGAUUGAUGAAGGUAAAGCUAAAGACUCAACCGAAUCCAGCGACGACAUCGAUCCUGAGGCUAUCGUUAGAGACAUCGUCAAGUCUUCGCAUCAAAGAGCCGCCCGUGAACGAAAACAUGGCAUUGGACCCACCAGAAAGCCAUUUCCGUUUACCUUAUGCGGCAGCCGUAUUCGCAAUCUCGACGAAUGGCGAACACUCGUCAAACAACUCCUCGCAAAAGCUUCACGCCGUGCAAGGAGAGGCACUGAAGAUGGCUCGCAACUGCUGGCGGAUAAUGGAUUAACCGAUAAGCGAUCAGAAGCAAAAAAAAAAGGAGGUCACAGUGGACGAGAUAGCCAGCGCCAUCAUGAAAAUGGAGACAGAUCUACUUUCUUCAAAAAGAAGGGAACUUCACUUCACAUGACAAAAGCAGCUGUGAUCAGCGUGAUCGAGGAGGUUCAGCGCUACAUUAUUGACCAGCUAAAGCUUGACCCAGUGGAUUUCGUAAGUGUUCGACUACAAUCAACGGCUUCCUCAACGCGUCUUAUCCUCAAGGCCCAAGAUCGGGCGCCUCGUGUGAGUGGAAAAAUCCAGAAAAUCCGUCUUUGA